ACAACCUCGCACCAAGAUUAUUCACGCAUUGCUCUCUUGCCUCGGGUCCGUACCCAACCAUGCUUUCCCCACAAUGUCGCAGCACGGAUGUGUCCACGUGACAGGGAAGCUAAUAAGACAAACAAGACCAGCAAAACCGGAGUAAAACUGCACUACUACGAGGGAUGAAAUAGUUAGAUCUGCGUGCGACUCGAAUGCGAAACCUCUUUUGUUUUUUUUCUUUAUUUUUCUCCCUCCCUUGAACGUCGACUUAUCAUUGAAGUUGAGGAGUUAUGGCUUGCGUACAAUGCUGGUACCAAAACAAGAGGUGGUGGGCCCUGCGUCGCGAGGACACGGACCACAUAUGGUGCCUGCCCCUCAUGGCUCCCAAAGAGGCAAUUACAAAGAAUUGUCAACUCAAGAAUCAUUAUCAGCCCAUUUGUCAGCACUGACGUGAUUUCAAGCAUUCCGGGGAUUCAUAUGGGGGCAUCACACAACAUUCGCGAUAAGGCGUCAAGCUGAUGUCUCAUAAAUACCCGUAUGUUUUCGGUUCCUCAAUCCUAAUGAUUAUUCAACUCCCCAGAGCAGCCAUAACAUUGACAACAGCAACAACAACAGCUCUCCCACUUGUCCGCCGACUGUCCAUCGCAAGGAUGACGACACAGUCGUAUCAGCGAAACGGAAAUUUCACUCGGCCAGACAGUGCCUUCCGCCGCUUCAUCUCCAAAGAUCCCACAUCCACAUUCCCGGCUGAGAAGGGCAGAUAUGCGCUCUAUGUGUCCCCGGGAUGCCCAUGGGCCCACAGGACCAUCAUUGUCCGAAUCCUCAAAGGCCUUGAAUCCUUGAUCGAUCUGUACCUGGUGCAGCCGAGGAUGGGUCCGGAAGGGUGGUAUUUCAGCCAUGAGGGCGAUCCGCUGCACGGGUUCAAGACGCUCAAGGAGCUGUACCACCUAGCCGACCCCAACUUCUCGGGCCGGUAUACCGUCCCCGUGCUGUGGGACAAGAAGACGGACACCAUCGUCAACAACGAGUCAUCGGAGAUCAUCCGCAUGUUGUAUUCCGAGUUCGACCAUCUGCUGCCGGACCACCUGCGAGAGCCCAACCGGCCCGGCGGCGGCCUCUACCCGGAGAAGCUCCGCGAGGAGAUCGACGCCAUGAAUGAAUGGGUGUACAACACGGUCAACAACGGCGUGUACAAGACGGGCUUCGCAACCACGCAGGAAGCCUACGAGAAGAACGUGUUCCCGAUCUUCGACUCCCUGGACCGGCUCGAGGGUAUCCUCGGCCACGGGAAGCCCUACCUGCUCGGCGACCACGUGACCGAGGCCGACGUCCGCCUGUACACGACCAUCGUCCGCUUCGACGUCGCCUACCACCCGGUCUUUCUCUGCAACCUGAAAUCCAUCCGCCACGACUACCCCCGCCUCCACCUCUGGCUGCGCCGGCUCUACUGGGACGCCGACGAGGACGGCGAGACCCGCGGGGCCUUCUUCAAGAGCACGGAGCCGUACCUGAACCUGUAUGGCGGCGGGUAUGCUGAGGCAAGGCAUAAGAUUGUUUUUAAAGACGCGGGGCCGCUGGUUAUCCCGGCCGGGCCUGCCGUCCUCAUCGAACCUCUCCCUUAAGAUGGGCAGGGAGUUACCCUGCUUGUGGAGGGUAUUCGGAUCUGUCUUUCCCAGUUCUCGGUAACACGAUCCUUAGUUCCGCAUAAAUGCACCCUGUGCGAAACGCUGGUGUCAUCAGCCGUCACAAGUUCACAAAUUAGGGCCUGUGGCUUGGUUUCGAGCGGUAUCUUGUCUUGCAUGAUGGUUGAUUCACACAAGCCUCUACGGCAUCUGCACCAGUAUGACAGUCCAUGCUGUUUAAUCGCUAAUUUAAGCCACAAGUUCCACCGUGC